UAUCCCCUCAGUCCCAGCAAUAAUUUCCAAGUCAAAUUGCGCGUUUGAUCAAUGCAUGGAACGUAUUCUUAAAGCAACAAUCGUCAUCUUCUUCGCCACACCUUUGUAUAUAUUAUUAAGCUAUAGAGACACUUAGAGAGAGAGAGAAAUUGGUUAUUUUCAGACAUGGCGAGAAUCUGUUUCCCCAGUUUCUUGAUUCUCUGUCAGAUUUUCUUGAAUUUCCAUUUAGCAGACUCUAAGGAAACAGCCCAGAAUGGAGAGUGUAAGGAUUUCACCUGCGGGUUUCUCGGAACUGUGGGGUUCCCCUUCUGCGAAUCUCCCCGGCCGGAUUGCGGGCUGAUUAAGCUGGAUUGCGCCGCAAAUAUUUCGCGCCCGAAACUGGAUUUGGUCGGGAAAAAAUACGAGGUGGUCGAGAAAGACGGGAAUUUUCUCCGCGUCGUGGAUCGCGAGCUGGAAAGCCUUCUGAAGAACAGCAGUUGCGAGACUUUUUACAAGAAUCUAUCGCUCCCAGAUUCCCCUGUUAUAUCCUAUGAUGUUUAUCACUAUUUAACGUUGUUUAGAUGCGACCUGGGAUCGGAUAAGAGUGGGCUGGCUGGUUUAGGGAGCUAUAAUAAGUGUAACGGCUACGAGGGAGGGUUUGAGGUGUUUUAUAAGCGGAAUCCGUACGAUGAUCCUAAUUUUGGGUAUGUUGUGGGCCGUGAUACUCCGGCUGGGUGUUCGAGGAUUGAGUUGCCGAUUCCUUUGAGCACGGAGAAUAGGCCUCAUGGUGAUGGGCCUUUUGGUUUGUUGAACGCUUCGUUUUUGUUGGAAUGGAAAGUUUCUGGGGAUUGUUAUGAGUGCCGCGACAGAGGAGGGCGGUGUCUUGUGGAUGAGAGGAAUAGGUAUCGUUGUUCUAAAGGGAAAGUAAAUUUCAGACUACUGCUGAGAGCAGUUAUAGGUGCAGUUGGAUGUGUUGUGGUUAUACUCGUUGUUAUAUUCAUGGUGAUGCGUUACAAGAGACGGCGGCGCAAUUCUUUAUACGCUCUUUCAAGAAACACGUCCUCUGAUGGGGAGGGGAGCAACAAGGACUAUGGAGUUCCCAUCUUCUCCCACAAGGAGCUUCAGAAGGCCACAAACCAUUUUGCUUCCUCUAGAGAGCUUGGAGAUGGAGGUUUUGGGACGGUUUACUAUGGGAAGCUUCAGGAUGGGAGAGAAGUUGCAGUGAAGUAUCUUUAUGAGCACAAUUACAAGAGGAUGGAGCAAUUUGUAAAUGAAAUAGAGAUUCUUGCAAGAAUAAGGCAUCCAAAUCUUGUGACUCUAUAUGGAUGCACAUCUAGGCGCAGCCGUGAGCUCCUCCUGGUCUAUGAGUACAUUCCCAAUGGAACAGUUGCAGAUCAUCUCCAUGGUGCAAGAGCAAAGGGAGAUGGCUACUUAAUAUGGCCUAUCAGGAUGAACAUCGCGGUGGAAACCGCGAGGGCGUUGGCCUAUCUGCACGCGUCCGACAUAAUCCACCGCGAUGUCAAGACUGCCAACAUUCUCCUGAACGACCGUUACUGUGUCAAGGUCGCGGAUUUCGGGCUGUCCAGGCUUUUCCCGACGGAUGUCACCCAUGUCUCGACGGCCCCACAGGGCACCCCGGGCUAUGUUGACCCGGAGUACCACAAGUGUUACCAGCUCACGGAUAAGAGCGAUGUUUACAGCUUCGGGGUUGUGCUGAUUGAGCUCGUGUCAUCGAUGCCUGCCGUGGACAUAAACAGGCAUCGGGACGAGAUCAACUUGUCGGAUUUGGCGAUGAAACGGAUUUUGAACUGCCAAUUUAGUGAGUUGGUUGAUCAAACUUUAGGGUUUGAGUCAGAUGUUGGAGUGAGGAGGAUGACCACUUUGGUAGCAGAGUUGGGUUUUCAGUGCUUGCAAAUGGACAAGGAAAUGAGGCCUACAAUGGAGGAAGUUUUGCAGAGAUUGGUGGAGAUUCAAGGUAAUGAUUAUGGAGACGAGAUAAUAGAGAAGAGUGAAAAUGGGGUUUCAAAUAUGCAUCCAAGUGUAGAGAUUCCCAAUUCCUUAGAAUCAGAGAUUCCUCAGUCUCCUGAAAAAGAUGAUGUUGUUCUGCUCAAGAAAUUUAAGGUUCCUGUCUCACCAAAUUCUGUGAUCCACAAGUGGGUUAGUACUACUUCAAGGUCUUCAAGUAUAGCUAGCACCAAUGAAUGAGAAUGAAAGUCUUUUCAUGGCUUCCCUCUAUAAGUGAGAGGGCUAGGGUUCUUGUUUUGGGGCCAAGAUAUUAUUCAAGAGGGAAAUCGGUGGAGUUUUGAAACAUACAACAAUUCAGAACGCACAUUUGAGCGGUUACGAGUUUUUUCAUAAAUUAAAGAAAAGUAACGACAAAAAGAUAUAUGUGCGGAUUACUUGACCAACCAGGGAUGGGCAGGGGGAAUGGAUCCCUGACUUGAAGGAAGAGAUGGUUGAAUUUACCUGUAUAGAAUUCUCUUGUAGCAUAUGAAUAAGUAAAUAAAUUACUUUUAAUAUUUUUUUUAA